AUGGCUUCCCAUACGACGAAUGGAGUAUCCCUGAACGGCAACGGGAUAACCAAAUGUGAGCGACCGAAAGUCGGCGUUGGAGUACUUAUCUCAAGUCCUAAUCAUCCAGGGUGCAUACUCAUUGGCAAACGGAAAGGAAGCAUCAUGGGUGCCGGAAAGUACGCUCUUCCCGGAGGUCACCUGGAGUUUGGUGAAUCUUGGGAAGAAUGCACAAGAAGAGAGACAAUGGAGGAAACAAGUCUUCUUCUUGGUGACGUCAGUUUUGCGUAUGUCCAGAAUACCGUAGUGAAUGAUCUUAAUUACCACUAUGUCACAAUAUUUACGAGGUCAGAGGUUGAUAUUAGCCACAAAGCAGAACCAGAGAAUCCAGAGCCGGAAAAAUGUGAGGGAUGGGAAUGGAUCAAAUGGAAUGAACUUCCCUCCGAUAAUAAUUUGUUCUGGUCUCUUUUAGUUGCUAAGCAACAAGGUCUGAACCCCUUCCAGUCAGUUCAAAAGAAUGUACUAAAGAUACCAUGAUGAGAAUACAUGUGUAUAUAUUCAUCACUAACUGUAUACAGUGUUGUAGAUGAAUUUCUGAUUGAUUGGUUACACAAAGAGCAGUUAAUUUAUUGUAUUAUAAAUCCUAUAAACUAAAAAGAAAUGCACAUAUUUGCAGCGGGGCCACAUCGAGUGUAUAGCUGUGUUUUGUGGCCAGCUUUUUAUCUACAUCACUGGUAUGGUAUGUUUGCUAUAUAAGCAGUUAUAACAGCAUUAGGAAGCAUACCACUAUCUGAAAUAAAAUGUGGUUGUACCACUCUAUGCA